UAGGAAACAAGGCAUUGAUAUAUGAUAGAGACACGUGGCAGUAGAUGAGUGGAGACAGUAGCUAUGAGACGUGGCAAGAGAAGAUUGGUCGAUGGAAGUUGUUAGAGGAAGAAUCGAGAAGCAGAGAUAUAUAGCAAAUGAAGAUCAUUUGCAGAGAAUAAUAAGAAAAUUCUGGAUUUUGUUGUUUAUCGUUUCUUUUGGAUUCUCUCUGAGAAUUGUUCCUCAUCGUCGCCGGAGUUUCAUCAUGAACUCUUGCUGAUGAGAAGUGGUGCUGCGUUACUUGCGAACGUUGUAUCCAUUUAUCGUUAUCAAUAAACUCAAUACUUUGUUUCCUUUAUCAGUUUCAUACGAUCACAGCUCAAAUUAAGCUAAAGAAGAGAAACAAAAACCAGUGAAGAAGAAGAGGUGAUCGCACCAGAAUCCUCCAUCUCCAAAAUCUCUCUCUCUCGCUCUCGCUCUCACUCUUGCUUCCGCUUCUUUUCAAAAUUCGGAAGUUCCGAGAAGAGAUUAUUUACUGGGCCGUGUGGGCUUCUAUCUAAAAUCGGCCCAGUGACACCUUAUGGUCAUUAUUUUACAUGUUUCCACUUUUCCACUAUGAAUAAUACCCCCUUAGAAACGUAUAAGAGGUUUUGGCCUCGUACGGCUCGAAAAAAAACAAAUUCAAUGGGUAGAAGUUCACUUUAACUCUCUGUAUAAAAUUCAAAUAGUAAAUUCAAAUAAAUAUUAAAUAGAAAAAUAAAAACAUUAAAUAAAUUAGCCAGUAUUGAAACCCUAAAUAUUUAUCCAAAAAGAGUUUUUCUCUCUCUCUUCUCUCUCUAAAAUUCUUCAGAGGGAGAGAAAACUCUUUCGAUCUUUGCUUCCGGUGUGUUCCGGCUUUGGUUUCCGGUGAGUUCCGGCUUUUGCUUCCGGUGAUGUCUGGCUUUGUCGUCGCCUUUGUUGGCGAUGUUUGUUGAUGGGAAGUGGAUUACCUUAGCUCUUCUCUGUUUUGACAGAGGCUCAUGAGAGAUGAGAAAUCUAUCUUCUGUUCUUCUAAUUUUGUUUUUGUUUCCGAUGGAUUAGAGAUUAAGAUUCACCAUCUUCUGGUGGAUAGGAUUAGCUUAGAAUCAUCGGAUCUGAGACGAAGGGAUCUUUUGAUUUAGGAGUUAGGUAAAGCAAAGUUGUUGGAUUGAUUGGGUGCUUCGGCUUUGUCCGUUUAGUGAACAAAGUGGAGUUCAUGUUCGUGGUACGUCUUAGGCGGCUUUCUCUGGGCUUCCGGUGGCUUUCAUGAUCGUUCCGGCGAUGUUUCGAAGAGCUCAUCUCCGCUCCGGCUAUCAUCGUCAUACGGUCAAGAUGAGUACACGUGGUGGUCAUCUUGCAGCGCUUACCUGAGGUGAAUGAAACUGGUGACACGUGGACUUAAUGAUGCUUUGUGAGCUGCUCCUUUAUCUUUUUGUUUUUCAAUUAGUUUGUACUUAAAUACUUUGUUCGAAAAAACUAGAAGUUUCAUGGGCCUAUUAUGCAAUAAACCCCAUGUUGUUUCUUCCAAGUUCCCGAUUAGGCUUUCUUUGGCCUUAGUUGGGGUUUUUUUUUUUUUUUCUCGAUCUUUGGCUUGCUUUCGUUUGUGGUGUGAAUUGUGAUUAUUCGGCUGUUCUUCUCUUCUCUUGCUCGUGGAAGCGCUCCAGAGCUGGUUCGAUUGUUUUCUUUGAGGCAAAAAUUACAGGGAGUCGUUCUUCUAGUGGCUGCCCUCCUCGAAGUGGUUGGUGUUUCCCUGUUAGGUAAUUUCGCAGAUUCUACAUGGUUAUCUCCUCUGCGUAAUUUAGAUUUGGGUUUGAGAAGCGGGUCAUCGAAGUGAUUACUUUUCCUUCAAGCUUUGGGAUCUCGUGGUUGAGGCUCUUGCAGAAGUUUCGGGUUGAUUGGAUUGCACUCAUGGCUUCGCCACGUCGCGCGUUAAGUGUAAAGGUUCCUGGGACGAGAGUUAAGUGAGAGAUUCAGUUCUUCCCCCCUUAGUAUCUUAUUUUCUUUUGGAAUUUUCUGCUAGAUUUCCUCUUUCUAUUAGUUCCUUGUUAGUUUGAUCCUUGAGUUUCUUUCAAGCAAGUUAGGAUUGUUUAAAGACGUUGUAGUUUCAUAUUUUGGCUAUAGCUUUUCUGGGUUAAGUUGUACUACGUUUACUGUCUCCCUUUCAUAGGGCUUUGUCUCUGGGGAAUACUUGUUUUCUACCGGCUUUUGACUCCGAGAACUUAUGUUCUUCAACUUUGUAUGUUUCUACGAUGUAUAAUAUAAAACUCUAGACGACAAAAAAAAAAAAAAGAAACUCUAAAUAUUUUUUCCAUCCCUAUAAAGGCUAUAAUGUAUAAUUUCCCAUCCCGAAAUACACGAAAGACAAACAAAAGGUUGACUGACUCGACUUUUCUUUUAAGUCUUCCCGGAAGGUUCUUCUCUGGCCUCGUGGCCUUUACGACACAAGUCAAGCAACUUUUUAUCAAUCUUGACUUUUGGAUUCUUCAACUAUUUUGGAUAAAAACAGUUAAGCCCAGAGGGUCGGAGUUGGAAUCAGUCGAUUAGGGUCUCCGAACUUUUUGUUAUGCACUGCAAGUGUUCGAGAAAAUGCCUAAACGAGAUAAUUCAUAGUCUGCAGUUAAAGAAAGUUAUAGGUUCUCGGCCUAACAAGCUAAUAAGGACUUGAACAAAGACAACGUUGCGUAUCUGAUUCGGUAAAGACUUCUUCGUGUCAAUGUAUCAUGUAUGCAUUGACAAAUUUAUUCUGUAUUUAUUAAAUAAUGCAUAAUUUUUGGAACAUAAGUAAAACUAGUUCACACAACUCUCUCAGUGUUUUUUUUUUUUUUUCCGGCUUUCUUGCUUCAUACACUAAUCCAAAAACAGAUAGAUAUCGGAGAGAAGGAAAAAAUAUGGGGAAGAAGAAGAUCAUGUUCUUUGCUUAUUUGCUCUUAUUUACCAUCUUCAUAAGUUUUAGCUUUGCAGGGAUAACGAAAGAGAGUCCCUUGUCAAUAGGACAAACUCUCAGCUCUUCUAAUGGUGUUUAUGAACUGGGGUUCUUCAGUCCUAAUAACUCCCACAAUCAGUAUGUCGGAAUCUGGUUCAAGGGUAUCAUUCCCCUGGUGGUUGUGUGGGUGGCCAAUAGAGAAAAGCCUGUUACAGAUUCCACGGCAAAUCUCGCUAUCAGCAGCAAUGGAAGUCUUCUGUUAUUUAACGGCAAACAUGGCGUUGCAUGGUCCAGUGGAGAAGCUCUUGCUUCUAACGGGUCUCGUGCAGAGCUUUCAGACACUGGAAAUCUUAUUGUCAUAGACAAUUUUUCAGGAAGAACUCUAUGGCAAAGCUUUGACCAUCUUGGUGAUACUAUGCUCCCUUUCUCAACCCUGAAGUAUAACCUCGCCACUGGCGAGAAGCAGGUGUUGACUUCUUGGAAAAGUUACACUGAUCCAUCGCUUGGCGACUUUGUGGUUCAGAUUACACCACAAGUGCCAACACAAGCGUUAACUAUGAGAGACUCGAGGCCUUAUUGGAGAAGCGGUCCAUGGGCAAAAACAAGGUUCACCGGGGUACCACUAAUGGAUGAUUCAUUUACAAAUCCAUUAAGCCUUCAGCAAGAUGCAAACGGCGCACUCAUGUGAUUAUUACGGUGCAUGUGGACCUUUUGGGUUAUGUGUGAAGUCCGCUCCUCCAAAAUGCAAGUGUUUCAAAGGGUUUGUUCCUAAACUUAUCGAGGAGUG